AUUCUAAUGAAUUAUCUCAUUGCGCAUGCUCAGUACACGAAUUCAUCUUGGCAGAUGACAAGGGAGAAAAAAAUUGAUACAUCUUUAAAUCGGUAAUACGUGGCCAUUUGAGCAGUUAAAGAUGGCAAAAACAGAACAGGUUUUAAAAUUAGAGCCAGACAGCGAACUGCGCUUCAGAGGACCUUUUACGGAUGUAGUCACUGCUGAUCUGAGAUUGGUAAAUCCAUCAGAAAAAAGAGUAUGUUUCAAAGUAAAAACUACAGCACCAAAACGUUAUUGUGUUCGCCCCAACAGUGGGAUCAUUGAGCCCAAUCAGUCAGUCGGUGUGGCAGUGAUGCUACAGCCAUUUGAUUAUGAUCCGCAAGAGAAGAACAAGCACAAGUUCAUGGUCCAGACAAUGUUUGCUCCUGAUGGUCCUAUUGAAAGUCAGGAACAGUUGUGGAAAGAGGCCACCCCGGACAACUUGAUGGACUCCAAGCUGAAGUGUGUUUUUGAAAUGCCUGCAGAUAGUAGCAAUCAGGUUCCUGUGUCCAAGGUAAAAGAAACAGAAGAAAAGCCACAGUCCAGCAAACCUACCAAACAAGUACAGCUAGAAAGCACACCACCCACAUAUGCAUCCAUAAUUGAUUCGGAGUCUGGGAAAAGAGAUGAUGAAUUACAGAGACUGCAGGCCGAGGUGAAGAAACUGAGUGAAGAUAAUGCUAAGUUAAGGGAUAGUGAGGUGAGGCUGAGAAAGGUAGCGAUUAGUGAUACGUUGUCCACCCCCUCCACAGCAGCGGCCUCCAUACCGCCCACGUCAGCACCGCAAGCCGUACCAAACCUACCACCCAUCGUAUAUCUAAUUAUCGCAUUUAUAUUAGGACUUCUCAUCGGCAAAUACAUUUUCUGAGAAUUUAUUACAUAAGAACAAGUCAGUGCAUAUGAGGAUAUCAAACAUUCUGGAGAUUUUGAUGGUAAAUAACCAGUCAAGUUUUCGGACUCCGUUCCAUACGUGUCUCUCUAGUGCCAGUUCUUCAGACAUACACGUAGGUACAACUGCUAAAAUUUACUCCAAAGAUUUGUUUUGCUGACUGUACGAAUUCAAACAGGUUAUUAUACACUUGAAACUUUUCCCUUGAUAUUGAAUUAGUGGUUUCUCUUAAAUUAUUUAGAUUUUUAAGGCGUCUUACAUGUGAAUUGACAUUUCAUUUUAAUGAUUCAAUUGUACGGUAUGCAAGUUUUUUUUUAUUUGUACAUGUGCAUUGGUUACUUUGUAAAAGCUUACUGGAUAAAAAUGAAUAAGCAAGUGUAAACAGGUUCAUUAUCUGGUGUGUGAUAAAUUGUUUUUGAUGCAAUAAAAUAUAUCCCAUGAUAAUGUCAAUAUAUACACUGUUUGAUAUGUGUCAUUGUAAGGUUAGUCUUGUAGGAGCCAAUGACAGGACACUGUGUGUGUGUGUGUGUGCAAUGUAUUGUUUACAAGUAACUGCAUGUUGACAUUGUUGUAUAAUGAUUAGUACUUUCGUUGACCAGUAAAUCAUUGACAAUAGGACACCCCUUCCCCCUCUAUCAUUGAAUAGACAAUGAAUUGUAUACAAUCUUUACUCUGUUAUUUUACUAAGAUGUAUGCAUAAGUUACAGGUAGUUGUUAUGAAAUAUGUUUUUCUGAAUACAUUUUGUAAGACUUGAUAUGUUUUUGUUGAAUGCUUGAUAAUUUACUAUAGAGAGAAAGAGAGAGAAAGUUGGUCACAAUGUUGAGCAGGCUGAUGCAUUUUCUGAAGAAUUAAUUGUAUAGGCAAAAUUAUAAAGGAAAGCAAUAAAACUGGAACCAGUUGGGUUGAACCCCACCACCCCACCCCCAAAAGAAAAAAAAUAAGAUAGUUUCUCAGACCGAAAAUUUCAAAUUUUGUAGAGGCAGGCAGACCUGUAUUUAUUUUUUUUACUUGGCUGUAGCAUGAGUUGUCUAUCCUCUUUAUAUUGACUGUAGAAUGAGUUACCAUUUCUUUCUCAUGUAUAGAAUAAGCAAUGACAUUUUUUUAUGAUAAGUAACUUCACAUUACUUAUUAUUAAGUGUAUACUAUUAUUCUAUAAACACUUGCACAUGAUUGAGAAUGCAUUCAAUAAUUAUUUGAUCGAAAAUCUGAAAGUUUUAUGUGAAAAUCUAACAUAAGUUACCUCAUUUACAUAGAUAAGCAAUUACCUUUUCUACGGAUGUGGCGGGGCCUGAGAAACUAUUGAUUAAUGGUAUUUUUUUUUGGGAGGGGGGUGUUCGGUUUUAACAAUUUUUUCACCACUUUGACAAUUUUCUAGAAGUCGAAUCAACAUUUAAACAAUGACCAAAACUAUAUCUCAUUUUAUUUUAUUUAAAAUGUUCAUGUUGGAGAGAAUAUAAGUUUUGCAAUCUACGAUUUGGCUGAAAAUACAAAUGCAAAGGGUUUACAAGAGUUCCAAGUGUUUGUAAAAUAUAACUUGUUCACUAGAUUGAGGAGCAUUUCAAUAAUGGAGUCUUCCAGUCAGCAGCGAGUACAAAAUAGAUGGACCUGGUGUUAUAUGUUUGACCUGCAGUAAAAAAUAGAUUUUUUUUGGUUAUGGAAAUCUGUGGACAUUUGAUUUUCUUGAAAAUUAACACCGUAAAGAAAAGUUUGUGUUAACCUAUAAUGGUCUGUUCUUUGUACAUUUUCAUGCCAUGUCUAAACUUUUGCAUGGAAACAAAAUAUUUUACCAAAACCAAUUGAUAGACUCCCAGAUUACGAUUCAACCUAUAUGUUCCUAUAGACCAAGUUCUGAAUUAGUUAUUUUGUGAAGAUUUGGUUUUUGAUAUGUUACUCCAUAUUAUCUGCAGGUUCUUGUGAAAUUAAACGACUGGGAUCACAUUAAUAUACCGAGGUUGUUUGUUGUUCAGUAAUGGAUCCCCAUUCAUAUAGUUAGGUAGCACUGACUACAUAUAACCUGUCUGAAAAUCAUAGACCCUUAAACUACAUAUGUAUUAAAAGUAUUGUAUAUAUAUAUCAUGCUGUAAAGGUUUUUUUUUUUUUUCUUUCCUAAAACCUCACCUAUUAAUUUGCCAACAAUAGUCCUACAGAUAUAUGUAUAUAUAGAGCACAUGGGGUUAAAUGGGAAGAAAAUUCUAUUUCUUUUAUUGGACAGUGUCCUUCUGUCUCAUUACAUGUGUCAUGUUAUGCAUGUCAGUUAGUGAUCAGAUUAAAACUGUACAGUAAGGCAGUGAGAAAGUGAUAGUACUCAUUCAUUUUAGCAAAUUAAAGAGAAAUAAGUUGUAUUAACUGCCAAAUUUCUCAUUAAAAUUGCACAGAAGACA